AUGGUGAAAAUGAAGAAAGGAAUCAUUUUCCUUCUUAUCAUUGCUUUUUCAUCUUGUACAAAGGCAACAACUCCGGGAAUUACGGUAGUAACAACAGUCUUUUUCACAUUAACUCAGACAAUAACAACAAGAACAGUUUCUUCUUCAGCAGUAACGACUGCACUGCCCAUCCAACAUAGCAAAAAAUCUCUUCCUCAACUACUUCUCAUACAACAGCAACUUGUCCAACAGACAGAAAACGAGCAAUCUUUUCUCUACCUUCUGGAACAACAAGAUCCUGUGCCUCACCAACUUCAACAACAACAACAACUUCAAGAACUACAACAAAAGCAGCCGCACCUUCAGCAUCUUCUCCAACAACAACAACAACUUCUUCAGCAACUUAUACAACACCAACAUAAGCAUAACUGUAAACAACAAAUACAAAGUCUUCUUCAACAACAGCAUAGUAUCCUUCAACAACUUCAGCAUCAUCAACCAUUUCUGAAUCAACUUCAGCACCAACAACGUGUCAUUCUUCAGCAACUUCUUCAGCGACAAAAAAUUGUCCAAUAUCUACUGCAUCAAUUGCCUCAUCAACAACAAUUAUUUCAAAAACAACAACCUAUUCUUCAACAAUUUUUCCAGCAACAAUUGCUUUCUGUCCAGCAAAUGCUUACUGUUCAACAACAAAUGCAACAAAAUCUCCAGCAACUUGAACAUCAUAAUCAUCAUGAUCAUCAAAUUCAACAGCAACAACAACUUAUUCAACUGCUUCAACAACACCAAACUGUAUUAAAGCAACUUCAACAACAGAAACAAUUACUUCUUCAGCAGCUUCAACAUCAAGUGCAAAUACUUCAGCGACUGCAACAGCAACAACCUUUUGAUCAGAAACUUCAAAAACAACAAUCUCUUCUUCAACAACUUCUACAGCUACAACAGCUCCUUCUUCAGCAAUUCCAACAACAACAACCACUUAUUCAGCAGCUCCUCCAACAACAACAACUUCUUGUGCAGCUUGUACAACAACAACAGCAACUGCUUCUACAAAUGCUCCAGCAACCUCAGCAAAUACCUAAUCUCCUUCAACAACUUCUCCAGCUACAAGUGCAAUUCCAACAACUUAUGCAGCAACAACAACAACUUCUUCAACAACUCCUGCAAAAGCAACCUUCACUUCAGCAACUUCUUCAACGACAACAGCCUGUCGUUGGAGAACUUCUGAAAAGCAAACAAAGUCUUCUCCAAAAGUUACAACAGCAAUUGCAUUAUUUCCUUCAAUUCCAGAAAUAA